AUGAGUGGGGUUUCUUGGCCUGGUGAAAAUGAGCUAAAUGAAAUAAAGGAUAUCGUGUCUGCAAUGGCUGGGAGAGGUCCUGAAGAAGUGAGAAUUGUGGUCUCUCCUUAUCGGAUUUGUCCACUUGGUGCUCACAUUGAUCAUCAGGGUGGAACUGUUUCGGCUAUGACAAUAAAUAAAGGAAUACUUCUGGGCUUUAUUCCUUCUGAUGAUACUGAGGUUAUACUGCGUUCAGGACAGUUCAGGGGAGAAGUUAGGUUCAGGGUUGAUGAAGUUCAGCAGCCCAGACCCAUUAGGAAAAAGGAGAGCCCCAUGCCACUGAUUCCCCAAAACUACAGGAAGAAGGUAACUGGGGAAAUUUUGCAAGAGGAGCUGUAUAUGCACUACAGAGCAGGGGGAUCUCUCUUACUCAGAUGUGCAGUACUUGAGGGCAUCACAGGAUACAUAUGUGGUUCUGAAGGUCUUGACAGUUCAGGCCUUAGCUCUUCUGCCGCUGUUGGAGUUGCAUACCUCCUGGCUUUUGAAACUGCAAAUAACUUGACUAUGACUCCUACAGAAAAUAUUGAAUAUGAUAGGCUGAUUGAAAAUGAAUAUUUGGGUCUGAGAAAUGGCAUAUUGGAUCAGUCAGCCAUAUUGCUUUCAAGCCAUGGUUGCCUUACACACAUGAACUGCAAGACUAAAGAACAUGGGCUUAUUCCUUCACCAAAGUUGAGCAACGAGCAAAGCGACUUCCAGAAAUCCUACAAGAUAUUAUUGGCAUUCUCAGGCUUGAAGAAUGCCUUGACCAACAGCCCUGGAUAUAAUCUUCGUGUGGUAGAGUGUCAUGAGGCUGCUAGAAUUCUUCUCAAUGCCUCUGGAAAUGACGAUUUGGAGCCUCGCCUACACAAUGGCCAGUAUCUUGACUCUAUUGAUCCAGAGGCGUAUGAGACUUACAUGGUAAUUGAAUUAGAGUUGACUAUUUUUGUGCGUCUUGAAGCCUGGGCUUCUGGCAACUUGGAAGAAUUUGGAAAGCUCAUCUCAGCCUCUGGUUUAAGUUCUAUUCAGAACUAUGAAUGCGGGUGCGAGCCAUUGAUACAACUGUAUGAGAUUCUUCUGAAGGCACCUGGUGUAUUUGGAGCACGUUUCAGUGGUGCUGGAUUUAGAGGUUGUUGUCUUGCAUUUGUUGAUGCUAAUCUGGCAGAAGAAGCUGUUACUUUUGUUACAGAAGAAUAUCGCAAGGCCCAACCUAAACUGGCUAGUCAAAUCUACUCAGAGAAGGCUGCAUUGAUAUGCGAAGCAGGCGACUGUGCUCGCAUAAUAUGA